CGCGCAUCCAGGGCUCUCGAUUACCCCGCGGACAUCGAUCGUCAAUGGCGAUCACGGCCUGGAAGAAGCCUUUUCUGAGCCCGGCCCAUUCAGGGGAACGAACGGUCACUUUAAGGUUCCGCGACUUGGAAAUGAAUAAAAUGAAGACUUUGUUGGGUGUUCGGCCGAGUCUAACGCGAUGGUCGCUGUGACCCCCUGUCCGGCUGUGAUUAGGGUUGGUUAGGGGAAGGGGGGGGCUUUCAGCAGGUUCCGGGGGGCCGGUUCCGUCAUCUUCUGCCAGGCUUGCAUCCCACAAACCUACCUCCUGGAGGAAACUCGUUCCUGGCUGCAGACCACCCCGAUGUCUGAUCAACUGCGAUUGCAUCAGCAGCAGCGGCGCGCUUCCCUCCACGACAUUGGCAGUUAUGCCACGACGCCGCUCCAGCACUUGCGACCAUGACAGAUUCGUCUUCGCGGCAGUGGAUCCUUGUCCUCUCACUCACUGCUCUCCUCCUCUCGCUCGCCGUUCUCGUGCAGAUCGCCAGCCGUUAUGCAAAGGCGUACCUGGAAGCCCCGAGCGAGUUGUCCGCCUUCCUGGACGCCGUCGACAGCUCCAUCGCCGAGAAUGAAUCCUAUGACCGCGAUAUCGCAAAGGUCCAGCGGUUAGAGGACAAGCUCCGGCUCGGUCGGCUCUUGCGCGAUAUCCAAAAUGGAGGUGACGCGCUGCGCGAGGAGCUGAACGCCUUGGUGAUAGGGGAGGGUGACCCACGGCUUCGCCUUGGUGCGCGCUUGUGGUGGGCGAGUCACCGGCUGCAGCUGGAGGAGAGACUGAGGCGGCUCGAUCUCCUCAGAAUGCGCUUUCUCGUUGUCCACAUGGGCAUCAUUGCCGGUGUGGCGGCUCAGGCGGCAGUGAGGAACGACUUCGGUUCGCGCGACGCUGAGAAGGUGGUGGGCAUAUCCAAGACACCGCCGCCUGUUGGUCUUCCUAAAGCUCUCGCGGAUAGCAUCAAGUCCAAGCCGCCGUUGCGCCGGUUAACGGUCCAAACGAUCGGUCACCAAGACAAUGUCGAAGGAGGCCAUCGCAGAGGCUGGGCCGGCGUAGUCCAGGAGCUGCAGAAAAGCCCCUUGUUGCGGGAGAGACACGCCAGUAUCGAGAUGGCCAUGUCACGAACACCAUGAGGGUGGCCAAACCCGUUGCUUUACCUCACUGCACGUGGACGGCUGGAGCCACCCGCCUGUCACGAUACACAAUUCUCACGAGCCACGACUGUGAUGAGUUGACGACGCCCAUGUAUCUUAUGAGUCUAUGAACGAACGUAUCACGAUUGAACGGCAAACCCUACGGUUGGAAGGAAAGAGAGGAUUGAGCGUUCAGCUGGUUUGGCGGACACACUUUCCGCAUG